AUGCUUCCUACAGUUGCAAUUGAUGCGACACAUCUGAAAGACAGGUUCAAGGGUGUGCUGUUUGUUGCUAUAUGUAAAGAUGCGAACGAGUGUGUAUAUCUAGUUGCGUUUGGCAUCAGCCAUGUUGAGGACGAAGACUCAUGGACGUGGUUUCUUAGCAAGCUGCGUGAUGCAAUUGGUUGUCCUGAAAACACUAUGUUCAUUUUUGAUCAGUAUCUUGACAUGAAAAAAGUAAUCCAAAAUGCAUACCUAAAAGCGCACCACGGUUUAUACGGGUACCACUUGAAGAAAAAAUUUAAAAACAAGUUCAAGCGUGACGACGUUGCUAUGAUUUUCACCCUUACUCGAGAUUGCUAUAAGGUUUUUGAUUUCAACAGACAUAUGAACCAGCUCAAGCAGAUUCACGCAGGAGCCCACACUGACCUUAUGAGAAUAGGCCCUCAGAGAUGGGCAGUGCCUGUUCACCAGACAAGGCGAUACCAAAUGAUGACAUCCAACAUUGCAGAAUGUGUUAACUCAUACUUGAAGUAUGCAAGACAAAUGCCAAUCACUAUUUUGAUCGAGUUCAUCAAAGACAUGUUCCAGCUUUGGUACCAUGAUCGAUACGAGGAGGCCAUCAAGGUGACCAUGCCCCUCAGACCUUGGGUUGCCAAGCAGUUGAGGAAAUGGUUCAAUGAUGCACAUUGCUUUGUGGUUAAACCUAUCAAUCGAGUGGAGUUUGAAGUUAAAGAUAGGAAGAUGGAUGGACUUGUAAACUUGUCCACGAAGACAUGUUCAUGUUGUGAGUUCCAAAUAGAUUUACUGCCAUGCAGCCAUGCCAUUGUAGCAAUAAGUAAAUGCAAACGUGAAGCCAUUGAAUUUUGCGCUGACUACUACAAGACAACCGUUUUUAUGGAGGGUUAUGCAGGGUCAAUUCGCCUGGUAGGGCAUCCCAGUGAGUGGGAUAUGCCCCCUCAUGUGAAACAAAUUAUCGUUUUGCCACCACCUUGGCAAAGCCAAGCGAGAAGACCUAGGAUGAGAAGGAUUCCAUCAGUCUAUGAAGGUAGUUGA